AUGGCCGCAAACUUCUCGAUACAGCCCGUGGGCCGCUUCGCCGGUCCCAGCCAGCCCGUCAAGAGACCCAAGGAGUUCGCCUGCUUCUCGUACGACGAGAAUCAUGAGUUCCACCUCGGUGACCGCUCCCUGAAGUGGUACUACACACCUAGGCUGGGCGCCGACCUGUCCAAGGGCUUUGACUCGUUCCAGAAGCACGAUGACUCGCGGGACGAGCACCUGGACAGCCUGCUCAAGACCAUUGUCGCUCACGAGCAGGAGACGGGGCAGAAGAUUGACGCCAACGUCGUCACUUGGCGCGGGAUGGUGACCAAGAUAUUAGCGACUCCGUUUGAGCAGAAUGAUGGAUUUGAAAUGAACGCCACGCUGUACCAGGGUUGCAUCUUCAUCGAGGAGAGCCACGAGCACAAGAUGGCCAUGCGGAGGCAAGAGGCUCAGCGGCCACCCCGACGAGGGGGUCCGCCGCAAGAGGUGAUGCAGUUCUGGGGCUACAAGUUCGAGACGCUCUCCACCCUGCCCGCGACUUGGGACGAGACGUCUCGCGACUACAUCGAGAGCCGGGAGGACCAUGUCGUCAACAACAAGGAGCAGUACUGCUCCGUCGUCCGCACCGGGAUCGGCAAGGCCGUCCUCUGCCUCGGCGGCGAAGUCGAUGCCAUCUGGGACUCCAAGCCCCAGGAGCCCGGCGCCCCGAUCAACUGGGUCGAGCUCAAGACAUCGGCCGAGAUCCGCAACCCUGGCGACCUGGACAACUUCCACCGCAAGCUCAUGAAGUACUGGAUCCAGUCCUUCCUCCUCGGCGUCCCCAAGAUCAUCGUCGGCUUCCGCACCCGCGACGGCGUCCUCGUCGACAUCAACGAGAUUGAGACGCACCGCAUCCCCGACACGGUCAAGGCGCGGCCCAACCCUCGCUGGGACGGCAACAUGUGCGUCAACUUUGCCGCCGCAUUUCUCGACUGGCUGAUGAGGACCAUCAACGACGAGGGCGUGUGGAGGAUACGCAGGCGGCCGCACUCGCCCACCAUCGAGGUCUUCAGGGUAGAGGAGACGGGUCAUGGGGACAUUUUGACAGACGAGUUCAAAAACUGGCGGAUCAAGCUGGCCCUGGGCCCGAGCCCAGGAGACUGA